CCAAGCUCCUGAUCCCUUUUCUCGCUUGCUCAGUAAGUCUGGAAAGUUUGGGAGAAGCGGCUGCUCUUGAAAUUCCAUUAUAUUUGGAGAGAAGGGGAAAUAUUAUUUGCCGUUCUUUCUUCAAAGAACUAUUAGUGGUCUCUCAAUAAAUCCAACUAAAAAUUUAAUUUAUCUUAGAUCGAAAAAACACCUUUGCUCUAUUGGAAUUAAAGUGAAAAUAUUGAGAAAACCAAGCUUUUCCCCCCCUAUAAUUCCAUUUAAAGAAGAACUAUUUAAUCUUAAGAAAAAGAAUGACAUAUUUCGUUGGAUUACUUUUAAUGACUUUUUUCAUCGGGAUAGAUUCUUCGGAAGUAAUUAACGAUAUUCCUCCGAUUGUGGAAGCAGUGGUCGGAGGAAAAGCUUUGAUCCCCUGUAACGUCUCGUCUCCUCUUGAAGAUGAUGAGGCAACAUUAGUGUUAUGGUAUAGAGUGGAUAUGCCUAAUCCAAUUUAUACCUUGGACGUAAGAAAUGCAGGCAUAAGGAGUGCCAAACAUUUUCCAUCAACAGAAAUAAAAGAUAGAGCUAAAUUUGAUGUGAGUGUACACCCUCCCGUCCUAAUACUGACAGACGUAACUCUAAAAGAUCAGGCGGAUUACCGAUGUCGGAUUGAUCUUAGGAAGUCAAGAACCCUGAUUAUUCAUAGUAGAUUACGCAUAAUAGUAAUGCCCUUGGAAUCUAAAAUACUUGGCUCCCGUAUUAUUUUGAUGGCAGGAGAAGAGCAUGAAUUUGUAUGCGAAACGAGAGGCUCAAGACAGAAAGCUCUUACAUCUUGGUGGCUAGAAAGCCAUAAAAUUGGAAUUGGCACCAGCGAAGUUACAAGAGAGAAUGGGAAUGUCACUCUCAGUACCCUCAUAUUCACCCCAAGUCCUACAGACAACGGUAAAAGGUUGAUUUGUAAAUCCGCCAAUCCUUCUUUACCAAAAGCAACAAUAGAGGAUGAAAAAAUACUCCGCGUCCAAUUUGCACCACUAGUAAACCUUACUUAUGGAUCUAACAUCAACAAAGGAGGAAUCAAAGAAGGUGCGAGAUUAUCGAUGGAGUGUAGCAUUUGGGCAAAUCCAUGGAUAUUUGAAGUUGCCUGGCAAUUCGAAGACAAAUCACUAGUACCUAAUAAAACUAAUGGCAUUGUGAUAACUAACCAAACAUUAGAGCUCCAGAAUGUUAAGAGAGAGCAUAGAGGGAAAUAUAGAUGCUUCGCUUCCAAUACGAUAGGCCAAGGUUCAAGCAAUUACCUACAUCUAAAGGUUCAAUGUAAGUUCGUUUUAGAUAUCAAUCCUGCCUUUAUCGUAUAUCCUUUAUAUAGCUGUUGGAGUAUUAUUCCUCGGAGAAUUAUUAUUAUUAUUAGAUUUACACCUGUUUGCAACCAUCGUUCAGCAAAAAUUUACGGUAUAACUCCACUGGAAACUGCUAAUGUUACUUGCGAUAUUGAUGCAAGUCCUCGUGAAGUGUCUUAUAAAUGGUCUUUUAAUAGUUCUGGUGAAAUAAAAAUUCUUCAAAAUUGGACAAUGAAUGCGUCUAAGAAACAUUUUAUUUUCUCACAUCAAAGAAUGUCUGGAUAUGUUACACCUGUUUGCAACCAUCGUUCAGCAAAAAUUUACGGUAUAACUCCACUGGAAACUGCUAAUGUUACUUGCGAUAUUGAUGCAAGUCCUCGUGAAGUGUCUUAUAAAUGGUCUUUUAAUAGUUCUGGUGAAAUAAAAAUUCUUCAAAAUUGGACAAUGAAUGCGUCUAAGAAACAUUUUAUUUUCUCACAUCAAAGAAUGUCUGGAUAUGGUACAUUGCUGUGUUGGACAAAAAAUUCAAUAGGUCAUCAAAAAGAACCAUGCACUAUAAAAAUAGUUCCCGCUGGGGAACCAGAGCCACCGCACGAUUGCACUAUAAUUAAUCAAACUAGCUCAUCUCUCACCAUUGAUUGUGAGGCUGGUUAUAAUGGGAGUCUUCAACAAUCAUUUCAUUUGGAAGCUUAUGACUCUAUUGCCGAACACAUUACCGCAAACCUUACAAAACUGGAAAAGCCAAGUUUCCAUGUGGAUGGAUUAAUUCCAGGGACUUCCUACGUCUUAGUCAUUUAUUCAUCAAAUAUAAAAGGAAAAAGUAAUUCAGUAGCUCUUGUAGCUUCAACUGCAUUACCAGCUGAAAAAAGAACAGCUAAAGACGACAACGCAUCGCUAAGCUCAUUCAUUUGGAUUCUGAUUGGAGUUCUAACAAUUGUUAUAGUUUCAGUUCUUGUAGCAAUCAUUCUAAUUAGGAUUCACGUGCAGAAAGGAGUUUCUAACAAAGAACCAGUGAUAGCAGAAUCAACAUCAGAUUGUGAAAUUACAAAGAAAGAAUUAGAAGACAGUCAAGAAAGCAAUAGCGAGAAAGGUCCCGAUAUAAUUCCACUGUCAAUUGAAACAGAUGUAUUUUACACCAGUCGAAUCUCAGAAGAAUCAAUUUACCAUAAGAAGGAUUCUCCCUCUCCGAAAUAUAUUCGUGAGAAAUACACAGAUACAGUGCUGUAAAGAUGAAGUCCCGGCGUAAAAGUUGAAUUGAAA